ACUUUGGACACCUCGUCGUACAGCUCGGAAGAACGGGCCGCCCGGAGGCCGUAAAAUCACUUGCAUAAAGUCAUGGAUUUCCACAAAGCACCCCCGCCCAGGCCCCCCAGCCUGGGGACGUCCCUCGCCAAGUCCAGUGCGGACGUGUACGACUACAUCUUCAUCGACAGUGGCAGCCCGGACUCGUACCUGGCCGCCGGUGAACUGGGCGCCCUCACGGUGAACGAAACGCUGCUGAUGCUCGGCGGCAAUGGAACCGUCGGCAAUGGCAGCGACCUGGGCAACGGAACGGCCACCGGGGCGGACGAACCGCUGGCCGACGUCAUCACGAUGGCCGUCACGUCGCUCAUCCUCGGACUGAUGAUACUGAUUACCGUUAUAGGAAAUGUGUUUGUAAUUGCUGCCAUCAUCUUAGAACGUAAUUUACAAAACGUAGCAAACUAUUUAGUGGCAUCGCUAGCCGUGGCCGACCUGCUCGUGGCAUGUCUGGUGAUGCCGUUGGGGGCCGUUUACGAGAUAAGCCGAGGCUGGAUUCUCGGUCCCGAACUUUGUGAUAUCUGGACGUCCUGUGACGUCCUCUGCUGUACAGCUUCCAUUCUACAUCUGGUGGCUAUUGCCACCGACAGGCAAGUACUACUCAUCCGUUUGAUGAAACGUCCUUUCAAAUUAAUUACUCCUGCUGAACUACUGUUUUAUCCCCUCUCACACAGGUACUGGGCGGUGACGAACAUCGACUACAUGCACUCGCGCACCAGCCGGCGGGUCUUCACGAUGAUCUUCCUGGUGUGGUUCGCGUCCGUCAUCGUGUCCCUGGCGCCCCAGUUCGGCUGGAAGGACCCAGACUAUCUACAACGAAUCGAGCAGCAAAAGUGCAUGGUCUCGCAGGACAUCGCAUAUCAGAUCUUUGCCACGUGCUGUACCUUUUAUGUUCCUCUGUUAGUGAUACUGGUGCUGUACUGGAAAAUUUACCAGACGGCCCGGCGGCGGAUACACCGACGGAGACCCAAGGCCCCGCCGGCAGCGGGUAACAACAAUCAGGAAGAAACGCCCAAGCAAACCAAGUCCAGGAUACGCUUCCGGCUGAAGAAGAAGUUUGCCAACCCGGCCAAAUCGGCCGCAUCGUCGCUCGGUCUGGUGGAGGGCAACUCCACCAACACGGUCAACACCGUCGAGGACACCGAGGGCAGCUCGGCGGCCGAGCGGAGGACGGCCAGCGGCGUCGAGGAGACCCCAAUAUCGGCCGCCCCCAACAGCCAGCAAAUUCCGACCGUGUCCCACGAGGUGGCCACCAGGACGCUGUCGGAACCCCUGGAAACAAACAACAACAGCAACCAUCAACCACCGGUGGUACGACCAACCGCCUCCGGCCAGUUGGCACCCCCCGGUGGAACCCACCACAACUCGCCGGUCUUGUUGGGCAGCAACGCGGCCUCGCACACCGGUUCGACGCUGAACAUUGCCAGCACGCCGAAUCCGCACGCCCAGGUCUCCAAGCGGAAGGAAACGCUGGAAGCGAAGCGCGAACGCAAGGCGGCCAAAACCCUGGCCAUCAUCACGGGGGCGUUCGUCGUCUGCUGGUUGCCCUUUUUCCUGAUGGCCCUUCUGUUGCCCCUCUGCGAGUCCUGCUACAUGAACGACACCAUCGCGUCGCUGUUUCUGUGGCUGGGUUACUUCAACUCCACGCUCAACCCCGUCAUCUACACCAUCUUCAGUCCCGAGUUCCGCCAGGCGUUCAAGCGGAUACUGUUCGGGACCCAUCGGAGCUCCAAAUACCGGCGCGGAAAGCUGUAACGACGGGGGGCAAGCAACCGUACUAGCCAGUAAUCAGCUCUAUUUCAGGCCCAUUCCACAGCAUCCGUCGAUGCCCGUGACAGUCCCAUUUAGCCGAUAUCUAAUCUGGCACUAUCUGGUCCUCAUAGUCGUUAUCGUCGGAUGACAUCCCAGCAUAGAAGCGAAGAAGACGCCCCGAGAAAGGAUAUUACGAAGGAUGUGGAAGAACCCCGAAGAGAAAAAAAAAUACGAUUCUGGUCCUAGAAGCGAAGGAAGCAAAGACUGCCAAAUUUGUUUCGAUACGCUCCGAUGGCAACGUCCCAGCCAAACAUCCGAUCCGAACACUUCGUGUUCUCGCAGGAAAGUUUUUUUGGUCUCAUGUACAGUUAAAAAGUUGUAUGCAUUUCGAAUAUAGUGGUUUUUUGUCAAAAUAAAACCAAUAAUCAAAAUAUAUUAUUCGAACCAUAUUUUGAAGAUAAAUCUGACCAAAAAUUAUUUAAACUUAACUGCAAGAUUUUUCCAACAGUGCCACCCUCUCAUCGUGUAAGAAAAACAUCCCCACACAUUCGAACGUUGGAAUUGCCAUAGCAAAUGAUUAUCUUCUUGUCGAAAGUUUCCCACCCGAGAGUACCAGCCAGCAAAGGAGGAAAAUAUAUGCGCUAUGAUCAAUAUUUGGCCGGGUCCAUUGAUGAAAAAUUUAUGUUUGCUUAUAUUUCGGAGGGGAGGAAAAGCAAACGUGAAUCAAGAUUUCCUUCAGCGCCAGAAGCGGACCGGAGUUUUCUGACUGGGACAGGAGCGGAAUAGAUUUGGCUCUGCCGGUGAUGCGAACGGGGAGCUUUUCGGCUGGGAAAUCCAACUUUUCGCUAAGAGGAUUUCUGUAUUUUUAACUGAGAGAUUAUGUUAAGUUUAUUUCGUUCAGUGUUGGGCUUACUGAUUAAUGUAUUUCUUUUCUGGUACCGAAUCAGGACACAUGUUUGAGACUUGCUACUGCACAAUAUUCCGCUAUUUUUUAUAAUUUUCGGAUAGAAGAGACACAGCGCAAUCAAAAUAGUACAUUGUUUUCCGAAUGAGCAAUUCUCUGAGGUUUCGGUCAUUCGAUAUUUUUUGUAUUUUUUAAUCUGUCAGAUUUUUUUUGGUGCCUUUGGUAUGCCCAAAGAAGCCAUUUUUCAUCAUUUGUUUGUCCAUA